UUUUCUUCUUUAGAAAAAUACAGAUACAUUUAUUUCAGAUAGUAAUAGAAUAUCGAUGUCUCGAAAAUACAUUAUUCGAGUUCGAUAUACUGUAAGUUCGUGACAGUUGACGCAUAGGUAGCAGAUCCACUGAUGGUGGUUCAAAAAGUUGUUGUUUGAUUAAUUACCUUUCUAAGAUCACAAGAUGUUGGUCUUCUGUGAUAUUUUUUAUUUUAAAGUGCUUAUAUUUACUUAUCUGUUGGCAUUUUUACCCAAAAGUUUAGGAAGUGAAGGUGCUAUUUCACUCACACAAAAAAACAUUGAUCAUACAUUAGCAUCCAAUGAACUUGUAUUUAUAAACUUUUAUGCAGAAUGGUGUCGUUUUAGUAAUUUAUUGGCACCCAUAUUCGAAGAAGCAGCACAUAAAGUACAUACUGCUUUUCCAGAAGUUGGAACUGUAGUUAUGGGUAAAGUAGACUGCGAUAAAGAAGGAUCUGUAGCUUCAAGGUUUCAUAUUUCCAAAUAUCCAACAUUAAAAGUAAUUAGAAAUGGACAACCAACUAAAAGAGAGUAUAGAGGUCAGCGUUCUGUUGAGGCUUUCGAGCAGUUCAUCAGAAAACAAUUACAAGAUCCCAUUAAAGAAUUCUAUGACUUGAAAGAAUUAAAUAAUCUUGACGAUAAAAAGAGAAUGAUUAUUGGAUAUUUUGACAGGAAAGAUAUUCCAGAAUAUCAAAUGUUCAGAAGGGUAGCAACAAAUCUAAAGGAUGACUGUCAAUUUCAUGUUGGCUUCGGAGAUGCAAGUAAAGCCAUGCAUCCACCUGGUCAACCAAUUGUUGUCUUCCGAUCGGAUAAAGCAUUGUCCAAUGAUGAAGAUGAAACUUAUCAAGGCAGUUUGAAAAACUUUGACGAAUUAAAUAUUUGGGCUCAAGAAAAAUGUGUACCACUUGUGAGGGAAAUUACAUUUGAGAAUGCAGAAGAAUUAACAGAAGAAGGCUUACCUUUUCUUAUAUUGUUUCAUGCUCCAGAUGAUACUGAGAGCGUCAAAAAAUAUAAAGAUGUUGUAACUAGAACUUUGAUAGAUGAAAAACAAAACAUUAAUUUCUUAACUGCUGAUGGUUUAAAGUUCGCACAUCCUCUUCAUCAUUUGGGAAAAAGUACAUCCGAUUUGCCGUUAAUCGCGAUCGAUAGUUUUCGUCACAUGUACCUGUUUCCUAGCUUCCAAGAUAUCAAUAUAGAGGGAAAACUGAAGGCUUUUAUUCAUGACUUAUACUCUGGAAAACUUCAUCGAGAAUUUCAUCAUGGACCUGAUACUCCUAGUAAUAAUGAAAUACCACAAGUUACAGGACACGUGAAAGUGCCUACAACCCCACCAGAAUCUACAUUUAAGAAACUUGCACCCAGUAAAAAUAGAUACACAUUGCUUAGGGAUGAAUUAUAAUAGUGUUAUGACGGUGAAUCAUAAGAAGAAAAAGAAAAAAAAAAAAAAAAAAAAAUGAAGUGAAACUUACGGAAUGAAAUUACAAAAUAUUAGUCAUCGAUGGCGAGUAAAUUCAAA